AUGGAUCGCGUCGGUCAGCGGACCGUGUCCGAGAUCGAAGAGAUCUAUCUCAAGGAGAGAACAUACCUUCCUACGUACGCACUAGAUUUUUCCCGGCGGAACUACGUCGAGUCAGCCCACGCCAGACUGGUAGCCCCGCGCGAAGGCAACAGGAAGGCCGACCGGGGUCGACUUCGCAAUCGGUUGUUGGGCACCUGGGCACUCCAGGAGUGCACUUCGCGUCCCGGGUCAACACAUAGCCUCCAGCAAGAACAUCAUCCUUUCGGUCAAGAGGUCUCGGGCCUCUUGAUCUACAGCGAAGCGGGCUAUGUAUCCGUCCAGUUCCCGUUACCCGACGGGCUCAACUUGGAAGCAAGAGACGAGUCGAGUCCUGCCGCGGAGGAGCAUACCCAGGCGGCAAAGCGCUAUCUUGCGUACUUCGGUCCAUUCUAUAUUGACGAGGAUAGUGAAGAGCCAGUGGUUCACCAUAAGUUCACAAACUGUACUUUCUCCAAUGCGGUCGGGCAACUUGGGAGACGCUUCGUGCACUUCGAGACGGUUGAUGAUUGUGACUUAGUGAAACUCAUCCGGAUAGAUCCGUGUCCCCAUCUUGAGCUGUGGGAUAUCACCGCCGACCAUUGCGAUCUCCGACUCGAGUCCAUUGCCGAGCAUCCCCACCAAUCCGUGACCUAUCGAUUCGUGGUACGAAAGGAAAUGUGCGGCCCUCAGGGGUUUCUUCAUGGAGGGUGCACUGCCACAUUGGUCGAUAACUUCACAAACGUACUUAUCGCAGCCGCAGCCGCCGCACCGGGUCGAUUCUCGGACACGGGCGUCAGUCGCAAGAUGCGUGUGACCUUCUUGCACAUCUCCCAGUAG